GUUGUGCUAUUUCCGAGCAACAUCUCAUUUCUCUUUCUUCCUCUGCUUGUCCAUUUUCCAAUUCCGUGCCGGCGAAUCGAGAGAGAUGAGAGAAAUCAUAAGCAUACACAUUGGACAAGCAGGGAUUCAGGUCGGGAAUUCUUGUUGGGAGCUCUACUGCCUCGAACAUGGAAUUCAACCUGACGGAACGAUGCCCAGUGACACCUCAGUAGGUGUUGCACACGAUGCUUUUAACACCUUCUUCAGUGAGACUGGUUCUGGCAAGCAUGUGCCUAGAGCUAUAUUUGUUGAUCUGGAACCCACUGUCAUUGAUGAAGUUCGGACUGGAACUUACAGACAACUUUUUCAUCCUGAGCAACUUAUUUCUGGCAAGGAAGAUGCUGCUAACAAUUUUGCCAGAGGACAUUAUACUGUUGGGAGGGAAAUUGUCGACCUAUGCCUUGACCGAGUAAGGAAAUUGGCUGAUAAUUGCACUGGUUUGCAAGGGUUUUUGGUAUUUAGUGCUGUUGGUGGUGGUACCGGCUCUGGUUUGGGUUCAUUACUUUUGGAACGCUUGUCAGUAGACUAUGGGAAGAAGUCGAAAUUGGGCUUCACCAUCUAUCCUUCGCCUCAGGUAUCUACGGCUGUAGUGGAACCUUACAACAGUGUUCUCUCCACUCAUUCUCUACUUGAACACACAGAUGUGUCUGUGCUUCUUGACAAUGAAGCUAUAUAUGAUAUCUGCAGGAGAUCCUUAGAUAUUGAAAGGCCAACUUACACCAACUUGAAUCGCUUAAUAUCCCAAAUCAUUUCUUCUCUGACCACUUCCUUGAGGUUUGAUGGUGCCAUUAAUGUGGACAUCACAGAGUUUCAAACUAACCUUGUACCAUAUCCUCGUAUUCAUUUUAUGCUCUCAUCAUAUGCCCCAGUGAUCUCAGCUGCAAAGGCUUACCAUGAGCAGUUAUCAGUUCCUGAGAUCACAAGUGCAGUAUUUGAGCCCUCAAGUAUGAUGGCCAAGUGUGAUCCAAGGCAUGGGAAGUACAUGGCAUGCUGCUUGAUGUACCGUGGGGAUGUUGUGCCCAAGGAUGUGAAUGGUGCUGUUGCUACCAUUAAGACAAAGCGGACAGUUCAAUUUGUUGACUGGUGCCCAACUGGUUUCAAGUGUGGUAUUAACUACCAGCCCCCGACAGUGGUACCUGGUGGUGAUCUUGCCAAGGUGCAGCGUGCGGUUUGCAUGAUAAGCAACAAUACGGCAGUGGCUGAAGUUUUCUCUCGAAUUGACCAUAAAUUUGACCUUAUGUAUUCCAAGAGGGCAUUUGUCCACUGGUAUGUUGGUGAAGGCAUGGAGGAAGGUGAAUUUUCGGAAGCCCGUGAGGAUCUUGCUGCUCUAGAGAAAGACUAUGAGGAGGUCGGGGCAGAAGGAGUUGAUGAGGAAGAUGAAGGAGAAGAUUACUGAAAGUAGCCUUUUAGAGGCAAAACUUCUUUUUUCUGUACUUCGGCCUCUCUAGUUGUGGAUUGUCAUAACUUUGUCCAUGUUGGCGAAUCCUCUCUCUCUCUCUCUCUCUCUAUAUGUUGUCUGCUUUUAACGUAAGACAUAAAUUUGACUCAGGUUUCCCCGGCCCUCUCUUCUGAACUGGCUAAUCUCAUUGGUAUUUUUUGUUU